GAAACACAAUUGAUAAUUGAUUGAAUAAAUGUGAAAACAAAGAGGCCAUUAUUGCAUUGCGUUGGAACUUUCCCGCUUCGGCCGCCUCAAGAGAAAAUUUAGACAAAUUGGGUUAACUCUCAAAUGCUGAUUUGAUUCUGAAAAUCCCAGUAGAUCUCCAUUGAUUGAAGAUCGGUUUUCAAUAAAUGGCGAAACAUAUUGGGGUUAGAAAAAGCGAUGUGUUUGGAAAUUUGGCCAGUUUAAUGAGAAUAUGCAUGUUUCGCGUUCUGUCCAUGGGACCCAUCCCCAAUCAUGUUGCCUUCAUUAUGGAUGGGAAUCGAAGGUAUGCUAAGAAAGAAAACAUGAAAGAAGGGGCUGGGCAUAGAGCUGGAUUUUUAGCUCUGAUUUCCAUACUUAAGUAUUGUUAUGAAUUGGGAGUGAAGUAUGUAACUAUUUAUGCCUUUAGCAUUGAUAAUUUUAAAAGGCGGCCAGAUGAGGUUCAGGAACUUAUGGAUCUGAUGCUAGAAAAGAUGGAGGAGCUGCUCAAGGAAGAAAGUAUUGUGCACCAAUAUGGAAUCAGAGUUUUUUUUAUUGGUAAUUUGACACUUCUGAAUGAACCUGUCAGGAUGGCCAUGGAAAAGGUUAUGAGGGCUACAGCGGACAAUACAAAGUGUACCCUUUUAAUAUGCAUUGCUUACACUUCCUCUGAUGAGAUUGUGCAUGCUGUUGAAGAAUCGUGCAAACAUAAGUGGCAGAAAUUUCAAUCAUUGACCUUUAAUCAGCAAAGCAAUGGCGGAAAUAAAAAAAGAGAGGAUAAUAAGAAGAUAUAUAAUAAUAUCCGACAUAGUUUCCAAGUAAACCGGAAAGAUGAAGUUGAUGAAUUUCAAGAAACAGAAGCAAGUGGAGCCAGCAAUCUGGUUAGAGAAGUUGAAGGGGAUGAAGAUAAAGCUAGCGUUUCCAUGCCUGCUGCUGAAGGACCAUGUGAAAGUAACUGGAAUGAAGAUGAAGCAUCGAUGGAAACUAAAAUAAAAAACUAUCCUCCUCCAUCUGGAGAGAGUCAGAAGACUGAAGGGGAAUGUUCAAUUAUAAAGCUCGUAGACAUUGAAAAGUACAUGUACACAGCAGUAGCUCCUGAGCCUGACAUUCUGAUUCGAAGUUCUGGGGAGACCCGAUUGAGCAAUUUUCUACUCUGGCAGGCUAGUGAGUGCAUGUUGUAUUCUCCACAUGCAUUGUGGCCAGAAAUUGGUUUAUGGCACUUGGUGUGGGCAGUAUUGAACUUCCAACGUAAUUACUUGUAUUUGGAAAAGAAAAAGAAGCAGCUAUAACAUCUGCAUACUCCACAAUGAUUGUGUACUCAUCAGAAGUUCUUCUGGGAGCUGGGUAGCUAGAACAUGUGAUACCUUCUUUAGUUGUGAGUUUAGAAAGCUUAAUAUUUAGGCAUGAACAUUUUUGAUAUGCAUGGUUGUUUGGAUGCUUUGACAUGAAGCUCAGAAUAGGUCUAGUAACACUAUUUCAAACUUACAUUUUAUCGUUGAAACUUAUACUCACAUCCUCAUUUCGGUGAAAAAUAUGUACCAUAUUGUAAGUUAUGAGGAAAGAUUUUGACAUUAAGAUUGUUAUUUCUGUAGCCCAUUUCUUUAUUGGGGUUUGUGAUUCAUAUCAUGCUGGAAUUAGAAUUAGCAGCUCAUUCAUUUUGACAAA